AAUCAUAGAAUCCUGACAGUAGUAGAUAGAUCGUGUUCCCUCCUUUUUCUCUCUCUAAAACCCUCCCGUUUUCUUCUGUACUUUUAGAGAGAGAAACAACCACCGUCAUCAAUGGCGAUCCACCGCCGGCGCCACCACCACCACCACACUUACAAACGUUUCCGUUACAUUAUUCCGAUUAUCUCCGCUAUCUCCGGUGUCAUUCUCAUCAUAUAUGCUUUCAUCUCGCUGCUCGCACCUUCGCCGGAGCAUCUCCACCACCUUGUACGGCGCACGUCGUUUGAUAAGAAUGGCGUUCGUGAUGAUCAUUCAAUUGGAGUUACUUCACUAUUCAAAGUUCCGAUCAGUAGUAAAAGUGUGAGUGAUAAAAGUUUAUGGAGUUCAAGAAUGUCGAAAUUCUAUUUCGGAUGUAGUAAUGCUAGCAAUAAGUUUCCGAAAGUAGAAACAGUCACUUAUCCGAAUCGGUAUUUGAUGAUAGCCACAAGUGGAGGUCUAAACCAACAACGAACAGGGAUUACAGAUGCUGUUGUUGCUGCACGUAUACUGAAUGCUACUCUUGUUGUUCCGAAGCUGGAUCAGAAGUCUUUCUGGAAAGAUUCUAGUACUUUCUCAGAGAUAUUUGAUGUUGACUGGUUUAUAUCACAUUUAUCAAAAGAUGUAAAAGUUAUAAAAGAGCUUCCAAAGAAAGGAGGCAAGAUAUGGGUUCCGUAUAAUAUGCGUGUUCCCAGAAAGUGUAAUGAGAGAUGCUAUCAGAUUCGUGUAUUGCCUGUCCUGUUGAAGAAACACGCUGUUCAGCUGAGCAAGUUUGAUUACAGACUUUCGAACAAGUUGGAGACUGAUUUGCAGAAGCUUAGAUGUAGGGUAAACUACCAUGCCUUGAAAUUUACAGAUCCUAUAAAUAAAAUGGGUCAAAGUUUGGUCGACCGAAUGAGGAAGAUGGGCAAGCACUAUGUUGCUCUACACCUGAGGUUCGAACCUGAUAUGCUUGCAUUUUCAGGAUGUUAUUAUGGUGGCGGAGAGAAGGAAAGAAAAGAACUGGGUAAGAUUCGGAAGAGGUGGAAAACUCUACAUAGCAACAAUCCUGACAAAGAAAGGAGACAAGGAAGGUGCCCACUUACACCUGAAGAAGUGGGUUUGAUGCUGAGAGCACUUGGAUAUAACAAAGAUGUUCAUCUUUACGUGGCUUCUGGUGAAGUAUAUGGUGGGGAUGAGACAUUAGCGCCCUUAAGAGCACUCUUCCCAAACAUUCAUUCAAAAGACACCAUAGCCACCAAAGAAGAGUUGGAACCAUUUUCUGACUUCUCUUCUCGUAUGGCUGCACUUGAUUUCAUAGUGUGCGAUGAGAGUGACGUGUUUGUAACGAAUAACAAUGGCAAUAUGGCUAAAAUAUUGGCUGGACGGAGGAGAUAUUUUGGACACAAACCAACAAUACGACCAAAUGCUAAAAAACUGUAUCGUUUAUUCCUAAACCGCGAUAACACAACAUGGGAAGAAUUCUCUUCAAGAGUAAGAACUCAUCAAAGAGGUUUCAUGGGGGAACCAAAGGAGGUAAGGCCAGGCCGAGGCGAAUUUCAUGAAAAUCCGGCUACUUGUAUAUGUGAAGACACAGAAGCCAAAUCCAAACUUGAUGCACUCCCUCGAAAAUUUGGGAAAAAUAAUAUCGAAACGGAUGAAGUAGUUGCUGAUCAGGACAUUGAAAACGAACCAGAAUUUUCUGAUCAGGAUGAAGAUGAUGAUCUUAUUGGUCCUCAAUUUCAACAUCUGGUCAAUGAUACAAGUGUGGAUGAUGAUCCCUCGACAUCUGAAUUACCUGAACUUGAAGAGUUGCUUUCGGACUAGUUAAUCCCGUCUUUACAUGUUGGCUGAUGCUGACUGCCAGAGCUGAUUUUGAAUCGGCGUUGAAGGUACAAGUCAUGAAGCACUUGGUACAAGACAUACAGCAUAUUAGAUCCAUUGUCAAACUGUACAGAGGUUAUCGCAUACAGGAGGCUGUGCUAAUGAAAUGCAAAAAUGAAGACAAGGAAUACAACUCCAAAAUGCAAGUCAAAGGUUCUAACACCCCCAUCCUACUUCAACUAAUUCUAUAGUAAUAGCAUCAAGGGUUUCUAGUUUCUUUUUGAAUUUGUGAGGGUGGUUUUUUUGCGGCGAACAUGGUAGAAUGAUCUUUUUGCUACCUUUUAGUUUUAGUUCUUUUUUUUUGGACAAUUUUUAACCUAUGGUAUAUUUGGUCAUAAAAUAGGAAUGUAUGAAACUGUAAAUGGCAGUGGUUUUUUUUGUUUGUUUUUGGUUUUAUAUCAGCAUGCUUGGUUUAU